AUGGACACUUUGGAGUGGAACUCAGCCCUUGCGGUGAGGAACAAAGAGCCUAUCAUCACCGUGCGAGAAGUCUUGCAAGAUUCGGAAAAUAUCCUCCUCCCAAAGUCCUCGCAAACGCAGCCAUCACGAAGUCGAGAGGAGCUCGGAUUCCACCACAUCGAUCCGGUAAUUAUCCAAUUGAAAUUUGAACAUUUAUUUGAUGUGACGUCGUCGCUUAUGCUGUUGAACAGAAAGCCAAAUAGCAAGAAAGAGCAAGUAUCGCCAGCGAAACGACAUCGCAACGGUCGAGGCCUCGGAUCGAUUCCUUUGAAACCAGAACAUAAAAACAGGAAUCGAGGGGUUACCUUUGUGGAAACAGAGAGAUUUGAGUCAGAGAAAGUCAAAGCAAGAGUCUCGGAUACACCCAGGCUUGGAAAAAUAUUUGAGCAAUUAGAGCCGUCUCGGACUGGAGUAGCACCACCACCGUCACCUCAAUCUGAUCGUAGCAGAUCAGGAUUCUCUGGAACUCAUGAAAUCAUGAGCAUCGACAAAGCAAUGCCUUCGGCAGCAAUGUUUAGCGCUGGGCGGCUCCCACUAGGUAUUUGCGAAAACCCUCGACCUCAUAUGGCCGAGAACAAAUGCGAAGAUAUUCCUAGUGACACUAUCGAACCUCUCCGUUCCAACGUUCAAGAGCCCGAGAUCAAGCACGAACAUAUUUCCCGAAUGUUCGAAUCUCUGUAUCCCCAAGUCGAAGGUUGGAUCAGACAACAACAGUCUCAACUCAAUACUGUCACCGAAAGAAUCAAUCGAAUUUUAGACCUUAUACAACAAGGUGAACGCCUAGAACAGACUUCUAUCACUGCCGAAAAUGCUACUCAACUGAAAAAUGCUAUCGCCGAGAUUACACUGGAAAUGUCACAAAACCUGAAUAUUGACUGUGCGUCAUCGAGCAUGAGGCAGCGCAGCACACCCAACUACAAGUAG